UCCCACUUUUAUCCCCUUUUCCCAUCUAACAUCUCAAAACUCAUCCUUAACCAAAACCAUUGACGGCUCAACGUCCACCCAUUCAACUCCCUCAUACACCCCCUAUAAAUACCACCCCUAUAUCAUCCCAUAAACAUAACACAUUUACACAUUUACACCACCUCAUCUUACAAACAUUCCAAAAAUAAAGUUCGUAAAACAAUACCUAUCACUCUAUUAGUUUUCAUUUAAUGGCGUACCAAAAACAACCCGAAUUAAACGGGGCCUAUUACGGCCCCUCGAUUCCACCCCCACCCCCGCCUCGCUCCUACAACAGACCGAAAAGGCGAGGCGGGCGAGGGUGUGGAUGCUGCCUCUUCGACUGUCUAUGCGAUUGCAUAAUGAGCUGCAUCUGCACUAUCCUCUGCACCAUCUUAGUCGUACUUGGCCUAGUCGUACUAGUCUUUUGGCUCAUUGUUCGACCCCACGAAGUUAAAUUCUACGCUUCAGACGCUUCAAUUACAACCUUCAACUUAUCCAAUACCAACAAUCUUAACUACAAUCUUGCAGUUAAUUUCACCGUACGAAACCCAAAUCGACGCAUUGGGCUUUACUACGAUAGAAUCGAAGCAAAUGCUAUGUAUGAAGGUCAAAGAUUUAGCACUGUUGAUGGACCUGUUUUUUAUCAAGGACAUAAAAAUACUACUGAUUUUGGACCUGUUGUUUUUACUGGACAACAUCUUAUGGUUCUUGAGAAUUCUGAUAGAGGUAACUUUGAUCAACAAACUACUGAUGGGAUUUUUGAGAUUGAAGUUAGGAUGAAUUUAAGGGUGAGAUUUAAACUUGGGUUGUUUAAAACUGGUACUUGGAAACCUAAGAUUAAGUGUGAUUUAAGGGUUCCUGUUGAUGGAAAUCCUGCGCAAUUUGAGAGAACAAGGUGCAGUUAUGAUCUUUGAUUUGAUUUUCUUUUUGGGGAUUUUGUGUUCUUGGAUUUUGAUUAUGGAGAUUAUUUGAUUUGUUUUUUUUAGAUGCAUAGUAGUAUAUUAGUGCUAAUAAGAAUAAAGAAUUAUUGGGGAUUAAGAUUUGUUCUUUCCUUGAUCUAGUUGUUACUUGUAUUUACUUUAUUUCAUGUAAAUGAUAUAGUAUUUUAAUCGUUUUGAUUAA